CAAAUUAUUAGCACCUAAUAAGCACAGUGACAGAGGGACCCGAGGCUUUUUUUCGGGGGAUGACUGAAGCUAUCACCUUGCUAAUCCUUGCUGUCCAAACUGGCCUCAUUGAGCUGCAGGUCAUCCACAGAGCCUUCCUCCUCUCUAUCGUCCUCUUUAUUGUUGCUGCUUCCAUCCUGCAGUCCAUGCUGGAGAUAGCUGAUCCUAUAGUCCUAGCCCUGGGAGCAUCUAGAGGCAACUAAGAUAAUAUACCAAAGACUUUUUUCAUGUGUUUAUUUUUAAGAAAACUCUGUGUCCCACUGUUUGUUUUAUUUUUACUGAUCAUAAACAACUAUUAAUAACUAUGGGCAGUUAGUCCUGAUGCACACUUAUAUGUAGACCUUGCUGCCACUCUGACCACAGAACGUGUUUGUCCCCAGUGUGCUAUAACCUUGCAACCAAUGUGUUUUUUCUACCUUGUUUUUUUCUUUUGGGGUUAUAUUUGCACUAAUGUCAUUUUUUACUAGCAAUGAUCCAAAGCUGUUCUGUGGAUGUCGGCAACCAAAUACCCUCUGAUGUCUGUGUACGAGGAAACGGCCCAAUCUGUUUGUGUGUAAUGAACACAAAUGUUGCUCUGUACGUAAUCUAUAUUAAACCAGAGGUGUGUUGAUAAAUAUAUAUAUAUAUAUAUACAUAUACAUAAGUAAGACGAGGGCUUGGUUUCUCCAAAGUUUCCUUUCUUUGUUUCUUCACGUGCCUGAGAGCAAAGAGAAUUUUUGGAUAAGAAGCUGCUGGGAAAUCAAGCCCUCUGAUCUGAGACCAGCCAGUGUUGCUGCUUCUCCAGUCUAUAUGACGCAUCUUUUAAGCUGGUGUGAUCACUCUGCUGCCCUCUACUGUUAGGAGUGGGCUCAGCAUGGAGACGCAUUAAUUAGCGCUCAGCAGUAUUACUUACUAGCACUAUUAUUAAAGGUCUUAUUAGUAUGAAUGACCAUAUUCUUGACAUUGGGAAGCGUGGGCUGCAGGGUUGAGAAUGAAUACACGAUCAGUGUAGGAUCAAACCUGACCAACGCUGCUUUGACUUUUUGUGUUCAUUUUUUUAAAGAGAUGAAAUGGAGAGUUUGAUGUAUUUUGCACAUGUUCUUCUGAAAGAGGUCCUUCCCCUUGAGUGUGAGGAUGUUGAAGAUAUUGAAGAUAUUGGUAGUCCUGAUGUGAAAGCAGAGCUUCCCUCCCACCUCAGCAUCACUAAGGAUGUUAUGGAGCGCUGCAUUCAUCUGCUGUCUGAUCCCAGCCUCAGGCUCCGACUCAAGGUACUGGACGUGCUGGAGUUGUGCCUUCAGGUGCUGAGUGAGAGGGAAAAUGAACUGCUGCCUAUGGCUCAUCGCUGCUGGCCAGCACUCCUGCAGACACUCACAGCCGAUGACCCAUUAGCAGUCCUCAGAGCCUUCAGGGGCUGCCGUGCAGGUCACCUACAGCUCCACCAGUCACACGUCUGUACGAUCAGGGGAGCCCACUGGAGACAAGUCCACAGGAAGCAUGUGGAAGAUGAUUCUGGUGCUGCCGCCUUUAGCUGUGUUAUCAGCUGUGUGCUACUACGCCUACAUCGUAAACAGCAGCAGGCUAAGAAUGACAGUAACAUGGAUUCUGUGUUAUGGUCAGUGAGCUGGACUGUUACUGGAAUGUCUCAGCAGAUGGGAUGCUGCGCUGACACACUGACCAUGAUGUGGUUUAAAGUACUGUGUGCCAGCACACCCUGCUUGGGCCCUUCUGGAUCUGAAAAUGAAGCCAAAUGA